AUGUCCUCUGAAGCUACUCCUAUAAACCCCGCUCGCUUUGCAGAAGCUUUAAAAGACUUGCCUCUCGAAACCCUCCAUUUCAAAGGCGCAGAAAUCCGCAACUCGAUCGCCCAUCUGGACUACAGCAACGAACAACUAAAACCUUUCGCUGAAGGUACAGAUCCUUCAUGUAAUGGCACACCCGAUCAGGAUUGUCUAGAUGCGAUUCGGGAGAAUGAGAUUGUGAUUGGGAGGAUGCAGGAGAGGAUUGCGCUACUGAGAGCAGAGGUGGAGGGGAGAGGAAGUAGUUGGUUGGAGUUUGUCAGUACUGAGGAGUUGGCCGAGAAUAGUGAGAAGAUCGAGGGCGACAGGGAGCUGGUUAAUGGUACAGGACAAGGAAGUGGUGAAGAAGGAAGGAGUAACCCUUGGAGUGAUGGGACAUUUCAGACUGGGAGGAUAGUUAAUGGGGAUGUGGUUAUGGAUGGACAACCGAAUGGCGUGGCGAACGGGACGACGACGGGAACUUCGACUGGAGGAGCAGUAAUGACAAACGGCACUGGUGGCAGGAUGGAUGAUGAAGCAUUGCGGAGAGCGAUGGAAGAAAGAAUGAGAGAGAUGGCUGCGGAUGAUGAAGAUGGCAUGCACUUAUAA